GGAAACGCCCUGAAAAUGAGAUAUGGGUUGCCCUUGAGGAAUUUGCAGUUCACUCGCGGACUUUCUUCCAGAAAACCCAAUCAACCAGUCACAUCAAAAAGGAUCUGGCCGUCUGCCAUCAUAUUUCUGGCUUUUGUUUCUGUUGGUGCCGCGUCUUAUCUCUAUGGCAAAAAACAAGUGCACGACAACCCACCAAAUGAUUUGUUCCCCUUCACUUCGACCACAAAACUCUCUCACAUCAACUCUCCAAAAUACUGUACGGAUUCUGAGCUAGAAAAAGCAAUCGCUGAGAUCAAACUUAUCAUUGGCGAGAAAAACGUUACCAACAGCGAGGCUGAGAUCAACGGGCAUUUCGAUAAUGGUUUCACCACGCACCCACCGAAACCACAUCAAAGAGCUAGAUGGAUCAUAUAUGGCACCUCGACAAAUGAUGUUUCUGAAGUCAUGAAAAUCCUUCAUAAAUACAGCGUCCCUGUUGUCCCGUACUCUGGUGGUUCUUCCCUUGAAGGUCAUUUUUUUUCCACCAGGCCUGGAGUCAUUUUGGACACCAGCAAAAUGGAUAGAAUUUUGCGUGUGAAUAGGAAUGACUUGGACGUAGAGUUGGAGGCGGGUGUUAAUUGGGUAAAAUUGAACGAGGAAUUGACCGAUGAACUGUUACUUUUCGGAUGUGACUGUGGCUCUAGUGGCUUAAUCGGGGGCAUGGUAAAUACUAACGCGUCUGGCGUCAAUGCGUCUAAAUACGGUGCUAUGAUUCAAAACGUCAUUUCUUUGACAGUUGUCCUUGCUGAUGGUACCAUCAUAAAAACAAGACAAAGACCUAAGAAAACUAGUGCCGGGUACAAUCUUACCGGCUUAUUUAUAGGUAGUGAGGGCACAUUGGGCAUUGUUACCGAGGCUACAGUGCGUUUGCAUGUGAAGCCUCAGAAUGAAACUGUGGUGGUGGGCCAAUUUCCUACUAUUUUCGACACUACUCAAACUGUUGCUGAAUUGUUUCGCCGCGGUAUUAGACCUGAGGCCAUCGAAUUACUUGAUAAAGACAUGAUGCACUGCAUCAACUAUAGUGGGUACUGGACAAAGGAAUGGCUAGAGGUUCCUACGAUUUUUUUUAAGAUUGGGGGUCUCAAUCAGAAGGUUGUGGGAGAAACUUUGAAAGUAGUGAAGGAAGUGUCUUUAGCCAAUAACUGCAAGGACUUUAUUUCCGCAGAGAGCAAAGAAGAGGGCGACGAAUUGUUCAGUGCUCGUAAGGAUGCUUUCUAUGCUAUUCUCAAUUAUGGCAAAAAUGAGAUUCAUGAGGACGUAAGACUAUGGGUCACAGAUAUAGCAGUUCCCUUAUCAAAGCUAUCAUCUGUUUUAGAGCAGGUCAGAGUUCUCAUUGAAAAGUCGGGCUUUCAGUCAGUAAUUUUAGGGCAUGUCGGUGAUGGAAAUUUUCACGCUGAUAUCUUCUACACCUCCGAGACCAAGAAAGAGUGUGAAAAAUUAGUGAAUGAAAUGAUGCUCGUUGGAUUAGCAAAUGAAGGAACUUCUAGUGGCGAGCAUGGAAUUGGGAACGGAAAGAGAAAAUAUCUUGAUUUAGAACUUGGAGUGGAUGCUGUUGACACAAUGCGGAAAGUUAAGAUGGCCUUAGAUCCAAAAAGAAUUAUGAAUCCAGACAAGGUAUUCAAAAUUGACCCCAAGGAUGAUGGUGAAUAUUGAAGACUGGCUCCUUGUUUCCUGUUGGGAGAUGAAUAGAGACAUCGAUCAAAUCAAUAACUUUUCAAUUUUAAAAGGAUAAUAAAUGACGUUGAGAUGUAAAUACACAAUUUUAUCAGAUAAAAUUUGACCUAAUUUUCAAAAGUGCAUAUACUAUAUUUAUACAUAUGG